AUGAGUCCAAAUUUUACUGUAAGCUGUGUGAUGAAGUAUGUCAUUUACACGUGUGUGAUGACUGUGGUGUCGUUGGUCAAUGCACUUAUCAUACAACAAUAUUUUAAGGAGAAGUUUGAAAACACUCACAUCAUAACACUGUGUUUAAUACUUGGUGUUGUCGCAGUAUUACUCUUGAUAUUUGUUAAGAAAAUCGGAAGCAUUUUCCCACUGAAUCAUGCACUCUUCUUGUUUGUCGUGUUAUCUUGGUCUUCAGGACUAGCUGCUACAUCAGAAUUACUUAAAUGGUCGAGUCUUUGGGCAUUUCUGAUUGCAAUAUUCCUAGCUGCGUUGUUGGUGUUGGUUGGAUACAAGUUAAAAAUGCUUAGUGACAUAGUAAAGAUGAUUAUUAUGCUUUGUGCAGCUGCCUUUAUCCUAGCGGCUUCCAUAUUAUCUAUGGUUAUAGUACAUAUGAAAGAGAAAGAUCAAGAACAUCUGAAAGAUGCCCCAUGUUUGCUUUUUAUAAUCGGUUUAUUAUUGGUGCUACUUCUAGUUGGACAGUAUUUAAAGCAAUGCAAAGUGAAACAGUUAAGCAGCAGCAUUUAUCCACUUUGGUUAGCUCUAAUAACUUGGUUCGCGUUGGUUCUACUUUAUAUGUCUAUACAUGUUAUGCUCAUAUAA